AUGGCGGCGCCAAUGAGGGAGGGCGCGCCGGCCGGCGGAGCUCGCCCCGCGCCCCACGCGCACCCCGCCAACUUCGAGUACGAUGACAACGAGUGGGACAUCGGCAUCGGCGACCUCAUCAUAGACCUCGAUGCCGACAUAGAGAAGACCGACGAGGCGGGCGGCAUGGCGGCGCGCGCCGAACCGGACGCGCAGCGCACCGCGCUCAAGAUGAAGAUCAAGCGCACCAAGCCUGGCACCAAAAGUUCCGAGGCGAAGCACGAGAUCGUCAAGUCGAACGAGAUGAACGGCGAGCCGAAGUCGCCGGCCGCGGCCGCCGCGCCGCCCGCCGCCAAGCGCGGCUCCGGUGGCCACCGGCGCGACAAGGCGCGCGAGAAGCACCACCACCCUCACGCCCCGCACCCCCCGCACGACCUGAACGGCGUGGCGCGCGUGCCGCCGCCGCCUAACGCGCCCGGGCCGCCCGCGCCCGCGUCCGCGUCCGCGCCCGCGCAGCCGCCCGCGCCCGUGCCCGCGCCCGCGCCUGCGCCCGCGCCCACACAGCCCGCGAAGCCCGAGCAGCGCCCGCCCGCGCCGCGCCUCGAGCCCAAGCCGGCCGCGCCUGCGCCGCCGCCCGCCUCAGCGCCCGCGCCCGUGCCCAGCGCGACACACGCACCGCUGACCACACACACGCCCCAUACCCCACAUGCGCCUCAUGUGACACAUGCACCACAUGCGACCCACGUGACACACGCGCCCUCUCCCAGCGCCAAGCCGGAACCUGAUGACUCGCGGCAGGAAGCGCCCACGGGGCAGCCUGCAGCAAAGAAACAAAAAACCGAAACCAAGGAAACGGCUGAAGUGUGCGUUGGCACAUCAGUUGGGACCAUCACGGAGCCUGAUUGCCUUGGUCCCUGCGAGCCUGGUACAUCGGUCACGUUGGAGGGCAUCGUGUGGCACGAAACGGAAGGUGGUGUCUUAGUAGUUAAUGUAACUUGGCGAGGGAAGACUUACGUAGGAACUUUACUGGAUUGCACUCGACAUGACUGGGCGCCCCCACGGUUUUGCGAUUCUCCAACGGAGGAAUUGGACGCGAGGACGCCGAAAGGUCGAGCUAAACGCGGCCGAGGAGCGGCACCUACAGAUAUGACCAACUUCACCGAGACGCGUUCUUCGGUACAUAGCAAACUGCGCAAUGGUGGUGCCAAGGGUCGUCGCGCACUACCCUCUCCUACUCCUUUCACGCCCCCGCGGCCAGAUUCCAAGAGAAAGCGCACGUCGGACGCAGAAGAACGUCCGCCAACGCCAAAAGCGAAACGCCCACCACCUACCCCGACUUCACCUCCUCCGGAUCCCGUCCUUCUUGAGUGUCCAGAGCCGAAUUGCUCAAAGAAAUACAAGCAUGCCAACGGGUUGAAAUAUCAUCGGUCGCACGCUCACGGUGCGCCUGACGACGAUGACAAAGAUGGCUCCAGCUCUGAGCUAGAGGAGCCGGCAGCUGAACCAGCAUCCCCAGCUCGCCCACCCUCUGAACCUGCUACUCCCGCAACGCCUGUUAAGUCCCCAACACCUGCAAAAUCUCCAGAUAUAAAGAGUGAUAAAUCACCGGAGAAAUCGCCGGAAAAGACGGAAACAGUAGAAGCUUCACCGCAGCCGAGGUUCCCUGAGGAAUUCGUGCCAACACCAGAGCCCACUCCGCAACCCGAGCGUCCCCAGACGCCUCCAGCGCCAUCGACGCCUCCUCCUGAAGCACUCCCACCAUUACAAACGCUACAAACAACACAAUUUAAGGUGAAGCCGCGAUCGGCGUUGAUGCCUACCGAGGAGUCGACGCGUAAGUCGACUGAGUCGCCGCCGGACGAGUCGCCAGGCAAGCGGCGGCGGCGCUCGCCCACGCCGGGCGUGCGCUCGCCCGCGUACUCCGACAUCUCGGACGACGCUGCGCCGCCAGAGGGCGCGCCGGACGCAGAUCCAGGUCAUCGCCCCUUCCCCGUCUACCAUCAGUACUACGGGCAGCCGCAGUACUUGCCGCCCACGCACGCGCCUACCGCGCCGCCGCCGACCACCGAUAAGGGGAAGGAGGACCUCAGCAAAGGCGAUCCCAAGUCUGAUCUCAAAGACGGCAAACCAGAAAGCGGGCCGCAGAAAGUACUGCCGCAACAUUUUUACCCGUACAACUAUGUCCCAAAUUUUCCCUACAACGUGGAAGCUGGGGCACCUCCAGGAACCCCUAUUGAAGACAAAAGCAAGACACUCUCCGAUCCCGACCGGUCCAAAACCACACCGAGCCCCUUAGACAAGAGCAAACAACCCAGACCGGCCGAUGGCAAAGAAAAUCCGGCCCGGCCCAAUGAAAACCAUCAAAUACUGAAAGAGAGUAUAGAGAUGAAAGCGCAAAUGGGCUCCUACGCUUUCCAACGACCCCCACACACAAGAGAAGAGGAGUUGAGAAGGUAUUACAUGAGCCUGGAGCAGAGGCGUAAGGAGGGCGGAGAAGUGAAACCGGGAGGUCCGCCUGUUGGCCCACCGGGGAGUACAGGAGUUGUAGGGGGAGCGGGGGGAAACGGUCCCCCACGUGCCCCUCAGCCCGCGCACAAGCCUCCACCCAAGGAUAAAGAAGAUAAACCGAAAGAAGAAGUAAAGGUAAAACAAGAGGGUCAGAAACCGACAACAGAGACACAAGGCCCGCCCCCUCCCCCGACAUCCCAAUAUUACCUCCCGCCGUACAUGCAACCUCCGCACUACGGUGCAUUACCAUUUGACCCGGUAUACCGAGCGCCAUUGAGCCCUAUGCUGGUCGGCGGCUACGGUGGUGGCUGGACGGUACCAAGGUAUCAUGCGCCGGAAGAUCUCUCUCGGCCAGGGGCGCCGGGAAAGUUGGAACUGAUACCUCCGGGGCAGUAUUACGGGGGGCAUAGUGGGCACGGGGCACACGGAGCGCAUAAGAUCCACGAGCUGCAGGAGCACGCGAAGUCGCCGGUGGGAAAGGGACCGCGAGCGGAGGCGCCUAAGGAGGGCACACGCUCGCCGCCGCCGCAGCGGCACGUGCACACGCAUCACCACACGCACGUCGGACUCGGCUACCCGCUCUAUCCGCCGCCAUAUCCCGCGGCUGCGGUGUUAGCGAGCACACAAGCGGUGGUUAACUCGUUCCCAACGCCGCCAAAAUGA